CUGGUCUCAGAAGCUGAGCCGUCAUUGGUGACUGCUCACGAAGGCGGGGUAUGGGUGGCAGGCGACCGCGCGCUCGCGAGAGGGGAGGAUCUCGCGAGGUUUUCGCGAGCGCGCGAAACUCUGAGAGCUGUUCGGGCAGCGGCGGAGUCUGGCCGCGAUGGCGCUGAGAAAAGGCGGCGGCGGCUGGAGCCGUCGCCGGUGGGGAGCGAAGGGCCCCUCGGUGGACGGCGAGGGAGACGCGCCCCGGGACGACAGCUCCUCGCUCUCUGCCAGCCGGCGCCUGGAGCGCAGCCAGUGGACCGACAAGAUUGAUGCACAGUUUGGGUUUGAGAGGAUGAAAGAUCCUGGAGAAAAGACAGGCUGGCUGAUCAACAUGCACCCUACAGAGGUUUUGGAUGAAGAUAAGCGCUUGGUCAGUGCUGUGGAUUAUUAUUUCAUUCAGGAGGAUGGAAGCAGGUUUAAAGUGGCGUUACCAUAUCGACCAUACUUUUACAUUGCAGCCCAAAAGGGUUGUGACCGAGAAGUGUCAUCCUUCCUUUCCAAGAAGUUCCAGGGCAAAAUAGCAAAACUGGACACCGUACCCAAAGAGGAUCUGGACCUGCCAAAUCACCUGGUUGGCCUGAAGCGGAACUACCUCAAGCUCUCCUUCAACACAGUGGACGACCUGGUAAAGGUCCGCAAGGAGUUCAUGUCUGCUGUGAAGAAGAACAGGGAACGGGACCAAGCAAUGGACACUUACACCACCAUGUUAGCCAGUGCUCUUGCUGGGAGCAGCCUGUCCAGUAAGGAGGAGCAGCCCUCCAAGAAGACUGCAGACCAGAUGGACAACAUAGUGGACAUGCGGGAGUAUGAUGUGCCCUAUCAUAUCCGCCUCUCCAUUGACCGGAAGAUCCACGUGGCUCACUGGUACAACGUUUGCCACCGAGGCAGCAGCUUUCCUCCUGAAAUCAACCGCCGAGAUGACCUGGUCGAACGGCCGGAUCCUGUUGUUUUGGCCUUUGACAUCGAAACCACCAAACUCCCUUUAAAAUUUCCUGAUGCAGAAACGGACCAGAUCAUGAUGAUCUCUUACAUGAUUGACGGCCAGGGUUACUUGAUCACAAACCGGGAGAUCGUUUCAGAGGACAUUGAAGAUUUUGAGUUCACUCCCAAACCAGAGUAUGAGGGACCUUUCUGUGUCUUCAACGAACCAGAUGAGGCCCACCUCAUCCAGCGGUGGUUUGAACAUGUUCAGGAGGCAAGGCCAACCAUCAUGGUGACUUACAACGGAGACUUUUUUGACUGGCCCUUUGUGGAAGCCAGAGCAGCAGCUCAUGGGAUGGAUAUGCAGAAGGAGACUGGGUUCCAAAAGGACGGCCAGGGGGAAUACAAAGCUCCUCCGUGCAUCCACAUGGACUGUCUCAGGUGGGUUAAGAGAGAUAGUUACCUCCCGGUGGGAAGCCACAACCUGAAAGCAGCUGCCAAAGCGAAGCUGGGCUAUGACCCUGUGGAGCUGGACCCUGAAGAGAUGUGCCGGAUGGCUACUGAGGAACCUCAGACGCUGGCCACCUACUCAGUGUCCGAUGCUGUUGCCACCUAUUACAUGUACAUGAAAUACGUCCACCCUUUCAUCUUUGCCUUGUGCACCAUCAUUCCGAUGGAGCCUGAUGAGGUACUGCGGAAGGGCUCGGGGACCCUGUGCGAGGCGCUGCUCAUGGUACAGGCCUACCACGCCAACAUCAUUUUCCCCAACAAGCAAGAGCAGGAGUUCAACAAGCUUACAGAGGACGGGCACGUGCUGGACUCGGAGACCUACGUUGGGGGCCACGUGGAGGCACUGGAAUCGGGGGUCUUUCGCAGCGACAUCCCCUGUCGUUUUAAGAUGAAUCCGGCUGCCUUUGACUUCCUUCUGCAGCAUGUGGAGAAGACGCUGCGCCACGCCAUUGAGGAAGAGGAGGGAGUACCCCUAGAUCAAGUUACCAAUUUCCAGGAGGUUUGUGAUGAAAUCAAAGUGAAGCUGAAUUCGCUGAAGGAAGUUCCCAACAGGAUUGAAUGUCCUCUUAUCUAUCAUCUGGACGUGGGGGCCAUGUAUCCGAAUAUCAUCCUAACUAACAGGCUGCAGCCCUCGGCGAUGGUGAACGAGGCUACGUGUGCAGCUUGUGACUUUAACAAGCCAGGUGCCAACUGUCAGCGGAAGAUGACCUGGCAGUGGAGAGGAGAAUUCAUGCCAGCGAGCCGGAGCGAGUACCACCGCAUCCAGCAGCAGCUGGAGUCGGAGAAGUUCCCCCCCGUCUUCCUAGAUGGGCCACCCCGGGCGUUCCACGAACUGUCCCGUGAAGAGCAAGCUAAAUACGAGAAGAAGCGCUUGGCCGAUUACUGCCGCAAAGCCUACAAGAAGAUCCACAUGACGAAGCUGGAGGAGCGCGUCACCACCAUCUGCCAGCGGGAGAACUCCUUCUACGUGGACACUGUGCGGGCCUUUCGAGACCGUCGCUAUGAGUUCAAGGGACUGCAUAAGGUGUGGAAGAAGAAGCUGGCUGCAGCCACGGAGGUGGGCGAUGCCUCAGAGGUGAAGCGCUGCAAGAAUAUGGAGAUCUUGUACGAUUCCCUGCAGCUAGCGCACAAGUGCAUCCUCAACUCCUUUUACGGCUACGUCAUGCGCAAAGGAGCCCGGUGGUACUCCAUGGAAAUGGCUGGCAUUGUCUGCUUCACUGGCGCAAACAUCAUCACGCAGGCCAGGGAGCUGAUAGAGCAAAUUGGGAGGCCCCUGGAGCUGGACACAGACGGGAUCUGGUGUGUGCUUCCAAACAGUUUCCCAGAAAACUAUGUCAUCAAGUCGACCAAUGCCAAGAAGCCCAAGGUGACGAUCUCCUAUCCAGGCGCCAUGUUGAACAUCAUGGUGAAGGAAGGGUUCACGAACGAUCAGUACCAGGAGCUGGUGGACCCAGCCUCCCUUCGCUACGUUUCCCGCUCGGAGAAUAGCAUCUUUUUCGAGGUGGACGGGCCGUACUUGGCCAUGAUUCUCCCCGCUUCCAAGGAAGAAGGCAAGAAGCUGAAGAAAAGAUACGCCGUGUUUAACGAAGACGGCUCGCUUGCUGAGCUGAAGGGCUUCGAGGUGAAGCGGCGGGGGGAGCUGCAGCUGGUCAAGAUCUUCCAGUCGUCUGUCUUCGAGGCCUUCCUGAAGGGCACCACGUUGGAGGAGGUUUAUGCUUCGGUCGCCAAAGUGGCCGACUACUGGCUCGAUGUGCUUUACAGCAAGGCUGCGAAUAUGCCUGACUCGGAGUUGUUUGAGCUCAUCUCCGAGAACCGAUCCAUGUCCCGCAAGCUGGAGGAUUACGGAGAGCAAAAAUCCACCUCCAUCAGUACAGCCAAGCGCCUGGCUGAGUUCCUGGGGGACCAGAUGGUGAAGGAUGCUGGGCUAAGCUGCCGGUUUAUCAUUUCUAAGAAGCCCGAAGGGUCCCCAGUGACAGAGAGGGCCAUCCCGCUGGCCAUUUUCCAAGCUGAGCUCUCCGUGCGCAAGCACUAUCUCCGGAAAUGGCUCAAGAGCCCCUCCUUGCAGGAUUUUGACAUCCGGACGAUCCUGGAUUGGGACUAUUACACUGAGAGACUGGGCAGCACAAUCCAGAAAAUCAUCACUAUCCCAGCAGCUCUACAGCAGGUGAAGAACCCUGUUCCUCGUGUCCGGCAUCCCGACUGGCUUCACAAGAAGCUCUUGGAGAAGAAUGACAUCUACAAGCAGAAGAAGAUCAGCGAGCUGUUCACAAGCGAGGGCAAGAGGCAGGUCUCUGCCAGCCUACCCCAGGAGGGCAUCUCCUGCACGCAGGUCACGGACAUGGAGGAUUUUGGGGUCACCAAGGCUGUGCAGCCAGGGGUGCCUGUGUCGAAGAAACGUAAAUGGAUCUCCAUGGCAGAGGACAGCCAGCAGCAGUCCCAGAAUCUGGAACUUACCCAGUCUUGGAGGGAGAUCCUGGGCCCUCCGCCACCCACUGGCACCACCAAGGAGGAGCGCCUGGUCUGGCUCUGCUACCACAAGAAGAAGUGGGAUCUCCAGGCUCGUCAGCGCCAGGAGCGCCGGAAGAGGCGGCGCUUGGCAGAUGGCGAGGUGGCCCUGGGCGGAGGGCUGAUCCGGGCUGGGACCUCCAAGGGGCUCAGCAGCUAUUUGCGCAGGACAGCACGGAGCAUCCUGGACAUGCCCUGGCAGAUCGUGCAGAUUGCCGAGACCAGCCAGCCAGGCCUUUUCAAGCUGUGGGCUGUGAUCGGGAGCGACCUGCAUUGCCUCAAGCUGAACAUCCCGCGUGUCUUCUACAUCAACCAGCGUGUCCCUAAACCGGAAGAGAGCACUGCGUAUAGGAAAGUGAACAGAACCCUUCCUCGCUCCAACCUGGUUUGCAACCUCUACGAGUACUCUGUGCCGGAGGAAAUGUAUCAAGAACACAUCAACGAGAUCAACGCCAGUCUCUCUGCCCCAGAUAUCGAGGGGGUGUACGAGACCAAGGUGCCAUUGCUGCUGCGGGCGUUGAUCCGCCUGGGCUGUGUGUGCAUGGUCAACAGGCACUUGGUGAGACACCUCGCAGGCCGAGAGGGCGAGACUUUUGAUUUGGAGCACCUGGAGAUGCGCUCUCUGGCCCAGUUCAGCUACCUGGAGCCAGGGAGCAUCAGGCACAUCUACCUGUAUCACAACUCUCAAGGCAACAAGGCCCUGUUUGGCCUCUUCAUCCCAUCGCAGCGCAAAGCAUCUGUUUUUGUGCUCGACACGGUGCGGAGCAACCAGAUGCCGAACCUCACCAACAUGUACUCAACGGAGCACAGUGCCAUGGAGGCGAAGGUGGGCGAACAGCUCCUCCCGCCCGAUAAGCACACCUUUGAAGUGCGAGCGGAGACGGACCUCAAGACUGUCUACAGGGCGAUCCAGCGCCUCCUGCUGGGAUACAAGGUCCUUCCUUCUGCCACUGUUUCUGGGCCCAUCUGCCCCCCCCCUCUCUCUCAGGAUGAGCGCAGAGGCCCCACCCUUGUUGCCAUGCAGUCUAAUUGGAACUUGAAGAGGCUGGUCAGUGGGAUGCCCAUCCUGGAGGAGUUCCCCCUGGUUCCCGUCCAGGUGAUGGACGACGUCAACUACGGCGUCCUGGACUGGCAGCGCCAUGCUGCCAGGCACAUGAUCCGGCGCUACCUCAGCUUGGACACCUGCCUUUCUCAGGCCUUUGACAUGAGCAGGUACUACCAUAUCCCUAUCGGGAACCUUCCCGACGACAUCUCCACCUACGGCACAGACCUCUUCUUCUCCCGCCACCUCCACCACCACAACCACCUCCUAUGGCUCUCUCCCACCUCCCGUCCAGACCUGGGGGGCAAGGAGGCGGAUGACAGUCGCCUGGUCAUGGAGUUUGACGAGAGGGUCUCUGUCGAGAUCAAUCACCCGGGCUGUUAUUCCACAGUGUGUGUGGAAUUGGACAUCCAGAGCCUUGCUGUGAACACCAUCUUGCAAUCCCAUCACGUCAACGACAUGGAGGGGGCCUCCAGCAUGUGCAUUAGCUUCGACGUGAUCCAGCAGGCCUCACUAGAAGACAUGGUCACAGGGAACCAGGCGGCCAGCGCCCUGGCCAGCUAUGACGAAACAGCCCUCUGCUCCAACACAUUCAGGAUCUUGAAGAACGUGGUGGUAGGGUGGGUGAAGGAGAUCACACAGUACCACAACGUCUACGCCGACAACCAAGUGAUCCAUUUCUACCGCUGGCUCCGCUCCCCAACCUCGCUGCUCUACGAUCCUGCCCUCCACCGCAUGCUGCACAACAUGAUGAAGAAGCUCUUCCUCCAGUUGGUGGCGGAGUUCAAGCGCCUUGGCUCCUCGGUGGUUUACGCCAAUUUCAACCGCAUCAUCCUGUGCACCAAGAAGCGGCGCAUUGAAGACGCCCUCGCCUAUGUGGAGUACAUCACCAACAGCAUCCAUUCGAAAGAAAUCUUCCACUCUUUGACCAUAUCCUUCUCGCGCUGCUGGGAGUUCCUGCUUUGGAUGGACCCAGCCAACUACGGCGGGAUCAAGGGCAAAGUGCCAUCCCGGAUCCACUACGGGGAGGAGACGAGCAGUAAGCAGGCAGGAGAUGGAGGAGGAAGUGAAGGGGAGGAGGAGGAAGAAGGGGAGGAGGAGGAAGAAGCAGACGGCGAUGUGGAAGAGCUGCUGGAGAACAACUGGAACAUAGUGCAGUUCCUGCCCCAGGCAGCCUCCUGCCAGAAUUACUUCCUCAUGAUUGUGUCUGCGUACAUCGUUGCUGUGUACCACAGCAUGAAGGAGGAAAUGCAUCGGAACGCUCCCGGGUGCACCCCCGUCAAGAGGCGAGCAAACAGCCAGGUCUCCCGGGAGUCUGUGGCAGAAGCAGUCGUCAUGCCCGGCGUGAUCACCUUCUCCCAGGAGUACGUCACCAAUGAGCUCACCCAGAACUUCUUCACCAUCACCCAGAAGAUCCAAAAGAAGGUGAGCGGCUCUCGACGCACUGCGGAGCCCUCGGAGAUGUUUCCAGCCCUGCCCGGCUCGUACCUGAUGCUCAACAAUCCGGCCCUGGAGUUCGUUAAAUACGUCUGCAAGGUGCUGUCCCUGGACACCAACAUUGCCAACCAGGUGAGCAAACUAAAGCGGGACCUCCUUCGCCUCAUUGAAGUGGGCGAGUUCUCGGAGGAAGCCCAGUUUCGGGACCCUUGUCGCUCCUACAUCCUCCCGGAGAUGAUCUGCAGGAACUGCAACUUCUGCAGAGACUUGGACCUCUGCAAGGACCCGGUCCUCUCUCAGGAUGGCUCCGUGCUCCCUAACUGGGCCUGCUCCAACUGCCAGGCCCAGUACGACUCGGAUGCCAUCGAGAUGGCCCUGGUGGAAGCCCUGCAGAAGAAGCUGAUGGCCUUCACCCUUCAAGAUCUGGUGUGCGUCAAGUGCAGAGGCAUCAAGGAUGCUCACAUGCCCGUCUACUGCAGCUGCGCUGGAGAUUUUGACCUCCUGUUGCCCACCAAGUUCCACGCUCAAGAGAUGUCCCUUCAUUGUCUCUGCUUCUUCUCCUCCCUCCUGCGCAGACCUUCCUGGAGCAUGUCAAAGUCUUCCAGAGCAUCGCCCAGCACUACAACAUGUCCUGCCUGCUGGAGAACAUUAAAUGGCUGCUUCAGAUGAACCCUCAGCUUCAUCUGUGAGAGUGCUCUUGCACUGUCAGGCGGGGUUACUGCUGCUGUGGAGAGGCCAGUUUCACGGCCCCUGCCGUGGCUUUCUGGGGCCUGAGCUGUUCUUCUGGCCGGGCUGCAGGUUCAGGUUUGCGCUGGGACGAAAAUGUUCAGAGCCUUGGAAGUCUGUUACGUGCUGUAGUGCCCUACAGCAAAGAGUCCCCUGCAGCAAGUGACGCCUUCCAAGGAAUGAUUUCUGGCCCACAAGCAAGUGAAGAGGCCUGCAGGGCAGAUGGACACACCAGCUAGCUGCUUCCUUGACCCCUUUUUGCUGGGCUUUGGGGGCACAAGGUAUGACAAACAUUUUAGAUUACGGGGCUCAUUUUCUGCCCAGAUUUUAUAUUGUUUGGGACUGGGUUUUUUUUUUUAAAAAAAACC